AUGGCACAACCACCUCCCAAAUUUACCGGCACCGGUUUAGAAGAAGUUAAUAUUCCGGGACAGGCAUAUUUACGCGAAGCGUUAACAUCAUGCACGGAUCCCUUAAAGGCCAUAGAGAGUUUUCAGCUGGAAAAUGGAGUACUGCUGCCGUCAUUACGACCAAUGCUGCCGCUCUUGGAUUUACAUGGUGUAAGGCGUUUAGAUUUCCAUACAUCGCUGAUGGAGGAAUUACGCGACAAAUUAAUAGCACACAUCAAUGAGCUGGGCCAGAAGGAUCCACGCGAGCGCGACAAGAAACUCAAAGAGCUGUUGAUGAAAAGUUUUCCCGUGGUACGGGUAAAAGCUUUACGACCCGUGGUUAUGGCUAUUUUGCGUAAUACGCCACACAUCGAUGAUAAAUAUUUACGCAUAUUGGUAAGGGAUCGUGAAUUGUAUGCCGAUACCGAUACUGAAGUCAAGCGGCAAAUAUGGCGCGACAAUCAAUCCCUGUUCGGUGAUGAGGUAUCACCACUUCUGUCGCAGUACAUUAGGGAAAAGGAACACAUUCUCUUCGAUCACACCAAUUUGAAUAAUCUCUUCUUUCAUCCAUCGCCGAAGGUGCGACGUCAGGGUGAAGUCGUUCAGAAAUUGGCUAACAUGAUUGGUCGCAGUGUAAAGCUGUACGAUAUGGUGUUGCAAUUUUUGCGAACAUUAUUCUUGAGAACACGCAACGUUCAUUAUUGUACCCUUCGGGCGGAGUUGUUAAUGGCCCUCCAUGAGCUGGAUGUUCAGGAGAUUAUAUCGGUGGAUCCAUGCCACAAAUUCACCUGGUGUCUGGAUGCUUGUAUACGUGAGAAAAAUGUUGACAUCAAGCGAUCGCGAGAGCUGCAAGGAUUUCUGGAUAAUAUCAAACGAGGUCAAGAACAAGUUUUGGGUGAUCUGUCGAUGACACUGUGCGAUCCGUAUGCCAUUAACUUUUUGGCAACUUCGGCCAUUAAGAUCCUACAACAUUUGAUUAACAAUGAAGGACUGCCACGUGAAAAUACAAUAUUGAUACUAUUGUUACGUAUGUUGGCAUUGGGUCUGAGUGCUUGGGUUAUGAUCGAUUCGCAAGACUUCAAAGAACCCAAAUUGGAUUCACAAGUUGUAACGAAAUUUUUGCCUGCGCUUAUGUCGUUGAUGGUGGAUGAUCAGUGUCGUAGUUUACAUUCGAAAUUGCCACCCGACGAAAGAGAGUCGGCGUUGACGACCAUAGAACAUUCGGGGCCAGCACCUGAUGCUGUUGAAGCCUAUAUCCAAGAGAGUUCGGUAGCUAGCAUUUUGGCAAUGUAUUACACGCUGAAUACGGCACGUCAAAAAGAUCGUGUCGGCGUUUUAAGAGUGUUGGCAAUUUUAUCAUCGUGUAAAGAUGAUCGGUCCUAUGAGGAUCCAUUUUUACAUUCAUUGAUUGCUUUGCUCAUACCCAUGGCCGAGGAAUUUACCACGGAAGAUUUUUGUACAACAUUGUUCGAUGAAUUCUUAUUUGCUGGUCUAACAAGGGACAAUGUUACACGGCAUAUGAUUAAGUUAUUGUGGUAUGUUCAUAACAAAUUACCACCCGGACGAUUGGCGACCUUAAUGAAGGCAAUGCAGCCCACUACAGGUCACAAUGAAGCCGUACACAAACUCUAUGAAACCUUGCAAGAACGUACAGCCCAGGAGUGUCCACCCGAACAGACAGAAGUUGAUUUUGAUUCACCGUUAAAAAGUGUACCCACACCGGGUCCACAUUAUAUGCAGUAAAA